UGGUCGAUUAGAGAGUGGACACUGUGUGAUCAGGCAUGUAGAUUUCAUUGAUCAUUACCAGCCUCAAGGGAACACUCUUGACGCAUCAUGGAGACGGGAAAGCAACUGACGGGUACGCUGGCUGUAGCAGUGUUCACAGCAGCUCUGGGUUCCCUGCAGUACGGAUACAGUCUGGGAGUCAUCAAUGCGCCCCAGAAGGUCAUUGAGAAGCACUAUGCUCUGUCUUUGGGCGUGUGGUCCGAGAGGUCAGCACUGCCAGAAAACAUCACGGAGGGAGAAAGUCCCCCGGAGGAGGAAAAGCAUCCUUCUGUGGUCAUGUACUGGUCGCUGUCGGUGGCCAUCUUCUCCAUUGGCGGCGUGGUGUCCUCCUUCCUGGUGGGAUUUAUCGGAGACUUUAAAGGAAGGGUGAAGGGCAUGCUGAUGGUCAACGUUCUGGCCGUAGCGGCUGGACUGCUGAUGGGUCUGUCCAGGAUGUGGAAGCCCCACAUCAUGGUCAUCAUGGGCCGCGCCAUCAUGGGCUUUUACUGUGGUUUAACAUCUGGAUUGGUACCGAUGUAUAUCGGAGAAAUUGCACCUAAAGCUUACAGGGGAGCUCUGGGAACGUUACAUCAGUUGGCCAUUGUCAUUGGCAUCCUACUCAGCCAGGUAAUAGGUUUGGAUUUCGUUCUCGGUAAUGAUGAAAUGUGGCACGUGCUGCUCGGUCUGUCCGGAGCUCCUGCGAUAUUGCAGACCAUUUUGUUGCCGCUUUGCCCCGAGAGUCCACGAUACCUUUACAUCCUGCUGGGCAAAGAGCAGGAAGCCCGGAAGAGUCUGCAACGUCUAAAGGGGGCGUACGAUGCUUCUCACGAUCUGGAGGAAAUGAGGAGAGAGAAGGAAGAAGCCGACAAAGAGCCGAGGGUGUCGAUCCUAUCUUUGAUCCUCUCCUCUGUAUAUAGGCAGCAGCUCUUUGUUGCCCUCAUGAUGCACCUUUCACAGCAGCUGUCUGGCAUUAAUGCAAUCUUCUACUACUCCACAGCCAUCUUCACCCAAGCUGGUGUCAGUCAGCCAGUCUAUGCCACGAUAGGAGUGGGGGUCAUCAACACGGUCUUUACCUUGGUGUCUGUCGCACUGGUGGACAGAGCCGGAAGGCGCACGCUGACUCUGGUUGGUCUGGGAGGGAUGUGCUGCUGUGCUGUUGCCAUGACAGUGGGUCUCAAAUUCCAGAACGACUACUCCUGGAUGAGCUACGUCAGCAUGGCGGCCAUCUUCCUGUUUGUGAGCUUCUUUGAGGUCGGCCCUGGUCCUAUUCCUUGGUUCAUAGUGGCUGAACUGUUCAGCCAGGGGCCUCGGCCAGCCGCCAUCGCCCUCGCAGGCUGCUGCAACUGGACCAGUAACUUUAUCAUUGGCAUGACCUUCCCAUACAUACAGGCUUUGAUGGACUGCUACGUGUUCGUCCUGUUUGCCGUGUUGCUUCUCUGUUUCACCAUAUUUAUUUAUUUCCGGGUUCCUGAGACCAAGGGUAAAACGUUCGAGGAGAUUGCCGCCAUCUUCCAAAAGAAAAAGAGGAUCCCCAAAGACAAUGCCGAGCUGGAGCAGCUCAAAUCGUCCAGCGACGCUUAAGGCAGCAGCAGCUACGUGACUGCACGGCAGCAGCGCUGCCAGCUGUUCCGCCGUGCAACCCAAAGAGGUCAAAGAGCUCAAAACCUCUUGACCUUAAUUCACAUGUUAUUGAGUUACAACAACACCCUUUACAGUGUUUUAUUGGUAAUGUAUUGACUCAAAUUAGAGCAUAAUUGUGGAGGGAAAAGACGGAUACCAUUGGUUUUACAAUUUUGUUUUUCUUAACAAAUAAUUGUGUGACCUGCGUUUGUAUUCAGCCCCCUUGAUUAACUCUUUGCUGAAUUGUUUGCAAUGCAAUAUUGCGGCCCUUUCUUUUUUGUAAAAAUGUCUCCAGUUCAGUCAGACUGGAUGACGAGCAACUUUAAAAAUUUGUUUUUAUUAGCUUUGUGCUAACUAACUUCAUGCUAGGCCUGUGGUAAUAUGUUCUUUGUGAUCUUGGUUCUUCACUAUAGAUUUCUAGGAAACCUGAGGCCUCCUCAUAACAGUUUAAUUUAUAGAUACUUAAUGAUUAAGUGACUUUUAUUUAGGUGUUUUAAAGUAAACGGGGCUGAAUGCAAAUGCAAACAAAACUUUUUUACAUGUCUAUAGUAGCGCUGUGUACUGUUUUACUUCCACAUCACCGUUGAGCACUACUUUGUGUCGCCCUGUCCCAUAAAAUCCCAGUUAUGUAAAAGUUUGUGUUUGUAACAUGACAAAAUAUUUUCCAAGAAGUACCGCUUGUUAAGGACAUAGUACGUUUAUUUAAAUAUAUCCCUCGCCCACUCCCCCCACUUUUUUUUUUUUUACACAACAUCAGUUAAAUUUCACAAUGUUUACAUGUAACCGAAUUAAGAUUUUUACUACAGUAAUGAAAGUAAAAGUUUACUACUAUAAGUGUUUUACAAUGACAACAAACCAUAUACCCACCAUAAGUGGGAGAAAAGUUAUAAAACUUGCUAAAGCUAAAAUAUCUGUACACAUAAAAUGGAAACGGCGCAUAGCAACAGUAAUACGUACAUAAAUCAAUGCAUCUGAGUCUUAAAGAAAAACUGCAAAACGGUUGUUGAAGGAGUAAGGACACGACGAGCAAAAACUGUGCCAGCUCCAAUGAUAGCAUUGUUAGCUUGUGUUAUGUAACCAGCAAUAAAGCUGGUCUAAAUGAGGGAUAAUAUAAAAAGCAUAAAAACUGUAAGGCGAGAGAAGGCACAGCCGACAUGUAAAUGAAUUACGCCACUCUGCCUAAAAUCUCCUGCAAAAUUUGACAUGAUUCUUCCCUGUGUUGCAGAUUUUGAGAAAACUUCCACUUAGGCAGUGGAGUCAAAUGCAGAUUACUUGAACAGCUUCAGUAUUUGAAAUAAAAGAAUUAAUUUUUUUCCAGCUAAAUUGGUGCAUGAAGGUCAUAGUUUUUUCCAAGGGCAGAUAUAAUUUGAAUUGAAGUUGAAAUGGAAAUUUUUUGAGUAACAUUCCAGAGGUUCUACUCUCUUGCAAGAUAUGGGAGCAAAGUUCAGGAGCAUCUCUCAAAUCUUUCUAAGAGGCCUAUUACCUUACUGCUUGCUAGAAAAGGACACACCUCACAAAAGAUUGCAACACAAUGACUGGGUGGAGCGAAUAAUGUCUGCUCCACCCUCCGGAUCAAACAAGGGACAUAAUGCAUGUUUCUGUUUAACAUAAAAUUUUGAAAUUGUUCUAAAGCAUCUUAUUAAUUGAAAUAAAAUUUUAUUUCACAAUAAUAUUGAAAUCUUAGGAACAGCAGGGUAAAUGCUGAUCAUUAUCAGACGAAAAACAUACUGUAUAUUUUUUUUAUAUGUUAAGUCAGCUCUAAAUGUAUGUUUAUUAUUCAACAAAAAAAAAAACUUUCAGGAUAUCUUCACAAGCUUUAAAAAAUGUAUUAUGCAGUAUCUAUGUCAGAAGAAAACACUAUUUUGUACUUCAAAAGUGUGACCUUUAAGGCAUGUAUGUCUAUCACUUUAUCUUUCUACAGUAUAUGAAAAGAAAACAUCUGAAAAUGUAAGCUUUCAAUAUUUCAUUUUCUGUAUGAAAAAGCAAUAAAAGCAUUUCUACUGUACUUCACUAGCUUCACUUAGUAGGUUUACUAGUCAUUUCCCAGUUUUAUAAAUGUAAUGAUACACUUAAUAGUAUUAUUAUGCUUGACACUUUUACUUUCAGACUUUUGCUUUUAUAUUUCAAGUGUAUAUUUCUAUUGUUUUGAUGAUUAUUGAAAACCCAGAGUUAAGACCGCUGGAAAAUGACAUCAGCAUCUCCGCAGCACUUCGAGUUUCCCAUCAGCAGAAGGAGACAUGAAGUACUUUAAAGUUUGCUGGUAGAUAUCUAGGCUGACUUUGGACUUGAUAAAACAAAGUGAACCAACAUUAAAAGACUGAAAUUGU